AGCUCCCUCUCCAAGCGCCUCCUCGUCUCCGGACUCCAAAAAAAAAACCUAGAAAAACUCUCCGUUUCAACCCCCACGAGUCAACCAUGCCGCCGAAGAUGGACCCGAGCCAGAUCGUGGACGUCUACGUCCGCGUGACCGGAGGAGAGGUCGGAGCGGCGAGUUCCCUAGCUCCCAAGAUCGGUCCCCUCGGUCUCGCGCCCAAGAAGAUCGGAGAAGACAUCGCGAAGGAAACCGCCAAGGAGUGGAAAGGGCUCCGCGUCACGGUGAAGCUGACGGUGCAGAACCGUCAGGCGAAGGUGACGGUGGUUCCGUCAGCGGCGGCGCUGGUGAUCAAGGCGCUCAAGGAGCCGGAGAGGGACAGGAAGAAGGUGAAGAACAUUAAGCACAACGGUAACAUUUCGUUUGAUGACGUCAUCGAGAUCGCGAGGAUCAUGAGGCCGAGGUCUAUCGCCAAGGAGCUGAGCGGGACCGUGAGGGAGAUUCUCGGUACUUGCGUGUCUGUCGGGUGUACGGUUGAUGGGAAAGAUCCGAAGGAUAUUCAGCAGGAGAUUCAAGAGGGUGAGGUUGAGAUUCCUGAGAAUUAAUUUAAAAAAAAGAAGUUGACAAGUGCUGUGUUCGGUUAUUAUUUCACUUUUUUUUUUUUUUUGAGGUUUUAGUUUCGAUCUUUCGGUUAAGAACAAGAACAAGUCAGUUUUGGUUUGUUAUUUUACCGCUUUUAUUUAAUCUUAUGCUAUGCUUUGGUA